AUGGCAUUAGUUCGCUUGUUGAUUCCCUGCCUUGUGAUCAGCACUGAUGUUGUCUACUCCUGCCAGAAUACAGAGGACUUUGUGGGUGCCAGUUCUCCAGGAGACAUCAUCAUUGGAGGCUUGUUUGCCAUUCAUAGCGAAAUGCUGCAUCCAGAAGAACAUCCCAUCAAGCCAGUAAUUCAGAAUUGUGCGAGCUUUGAAAUUCAAGUUUUUCUUCAGACACUUGCAAUGAUACAUGCUAUUGAAAUGAUCAACAAUUCUACCUUGUUACAUGGAGUUACUCUGGGCUAUGAAAUCUAUGAUAGUUGUGCAGAAGUUACAAAAGCCAUGGCAUCUGCUCUGAGGUUCCUGUCUAAAUUCAAUUCUUCUAAGGAUAUUGUAGAAUUCAAGUGUAACUAUUCAGACUACAUUCCGAGAAUUAAGGCAGUCAUUGGAGCCAGCUACUCUGAGGUGUCAAUGGCAGUUUCAAGGCUAUUGGCUUUGCAACUAAUUCCACAGGUCAGUCCUGCAUCAUCUGCUGAAAUCCUCAGUGACAAAAUCAGGUUUCCUUCCUUCCUAAGGACUAUCCCCAGUGAUUUCUAUCAAACUAGAGCAAUGGCCCGCUUAAUCUGUGAGUCUGGGUGGAACUGGAUUGGAGUGAUAGCCACUGAUGAUGACAACGGGCGUCUUGCUCUGGAGAGCUUUGGGGUCCAGGCCAUGGGAAACAACGUUUGCAUAGCUUUUAAAGAAAUGCUGCCUGCCUAUCUCUCUGACAACACUUUUAAUGCCAAAGUUGAUCGAGCAAUUGAGAAGAUUGUCAAGGAAAGCAGAGUAAAUGUUAUUGUUCUCUUUAUGAGACAAUUCCAUGUGCUCAAACUAUUUAAAAAGGCAAUUGAGAAGAAUGUAAAUAAAAUUUGGAUUGCAAGUGAUAAUUGGUCAACUGCAGUCAAAAUCAGUACAAUUCCCAAUAUCAAACAGCUGGGAAUUGUUGUGGGGUUUGGAUUUAAAAGUGGAAACAUAUCCACAUUUCAUGACUUUCUGAGAACUCUUCGUGAAAAGCCCACCGAAAACAAUAAAUUUUUACGUGAAUAUAUUAUGCUUUUGUCACUUUGUGCACAGCUGGAUUACCACGAUUUUCAAAUGUGCAUUUCAAAUCAAUCCCAAGAGAAUCUGAUGCAAAAUGCUGAGAAUAGACAUCAGAUCUGGAGAGACAAUUUUUUGAUUGCCAGCAUUGAACCAGGAUUUAUCCACAGUACUAUACUUGCAGUCCAUGCCAUUGCUCAUGCCAUUAAGGAGCAAUGCGAACACAGAAACUGCAAGGAUCCUUCUGCUUUCACUCCCUGGGAGCUCCUUGAAGAACUGAAAAAAGUUACAGUCCUUGAUGAUGACAAAGAAAUCAAGUUUGACUCCAAAGGAGAUAUGAGCACUAAUUAUGAUGUUCUUCUUUGGAAAGAAAUUGAUGGCCGCAUGGAAAUCACCACGAUGGCAGAAUACAACACCAAGAAGGAUUGUUUUAUCUUUAAGGAUGAGGAGAAAAAAAUGGAAUUUCUAGAGUUAAAGAAGGUUACCUCAACCUGUUCCCAGCAUUGCAGACCAGGACAGAUGAAAAAGGUUACAGAAAGUCCACACACAUGCUGCUAUGAAUGUGUUCACUGCCCAGAAAACCAUUACAGCAACCAAACAGAUAUGCAUUACUGCUCCCCGUGUAACAACAAGACCUACUGGGCGCCCGUGAACAGCACCACGUGCUACAGAAAGACAGUCCAUUUCCUUGGCUGGACGGACUGGUUUGCUAUUUUCCUCCUCCUCCUCUCUGCUUUUGGGAUUGUGUUGGUUUUGACAAUUAGUGUGAUUUUUACGAAAAAUGUGAAUACACCAGUUGUAAAGGCAUCUGGAGGUUUAAUCGUCUGCUAUAUUAUUCUCUUCAGCCACUUAUUAAUUUUUUUAACCACUGUCUUCUUCAUAGGUGAACCCACAGAAUUCAAAUGUAAAACUAGGCAAGCUGUCUUUGGCAUAAGCUUUACACUCUGCGUUUCAUGUAUUUUAAUAAAGUCACUAAAAAUUUUACUAGCCUUCAGCUUUGAUCCCAACCUACAGAAUUUUCUGAAACGUGUAUAUCAACCUAUUCCCAUUGUGGUCACCUGCACUGGAAUUCAAGUCAUCAUUUGCACUUUCUGGCUAAUAUUUAGGACCCCUUUUGUGAAACCAAAUUUCUCAAUUCCAAGAGCAAUAAUUCUGGAAUGUAAUGAGGGCUCUAUUGUGGCUUUUGGGAUUAUGUUAGGCUAUAUAGCAGUUCUUGCUUUCAUUUGCUUUAUAUUUGCCUUUAAAGGUAGGAAGCUCCCAGAGAACUACAAUGAAGCUAAAUUCAUAACCUUUGGCAUGCUGAUUUACUUUAUUGCAUGGAUUGUGUUUAUCCCUGUCUAUGCAACCACAUUUGGCAAAUACCUUUCAGCAGUGGAGAUCAUUGUUGUUUUAAUAUCCAACUAUGGAAUUCUCUGUUGUACUUUUCUUCCUAAGUGCUAUAUCGUAAUUUGUAAGCAAGAAACAAACACAAAAUCUGCCUUUCUCAAGAUGAUUUACACCUACUCUUCCAAGAGCGCCAGCAGUGUGGCUGUUAGUCAGAUUUCUUUGGAUUCAAAGUCUUCUGGCUCCCGAGCUACCGUCUCAGACUCAUGUAAAUCUGAGAAAACCUCUGCAAAUGGAAACUGCCAUUUUCAAGUCCCUGAGCAGAGACUAAUAAAAGGGAAAGAUCCUCCUGAAAGUACUGCAAGGUCCAGGAAAAGACUGUCCAGCAUAUGA